UCCUCCUCGCCGUUCUUGCCGCCUCAGCACGCAACGAGGAGGAAGCAAACGCGCUGAUGGCCCUGAAGGGGAGCCUGGACCCGUCCGGCCGGGUGCUGGGCUCGUGGGACGACUCCGGCGAGCCCUGCGGGGGCUCGUUCGUCGGCGUGACCUGCGACAGGGGUGGCCACGUGACGGCCAUCUCGCUGCAGGGCCGCGGCCUCUCCGGAACCCUCCCGCCGGCGAUCUCCGGGCUCCGGCGGCUCGCUGGGCUGUACCUCCAUUACAACGGCAUCAAGGGGUCUAUACCCAGGGAGAUUGGGAGCCUAUCGGAGCUCACCGACCUUUACCUCGACGUCAACCAUUUGAGCGGGCCCGUGCCAGUGGAGAUUGCCGCCAUGGCGAACCUCCAAGUGUUGCAGCUGGGUUACAAUCAGUUGACAGGCAGCAUACCGCCUCAGUUAGGCAAGCUCAACAAUCUUGCUGUUCUUGCACUUCAGUCCAACCAGCUGACUGGAGCCAUUCCAGCAACACUGGGUGACCUGGCUCUGUUGACACGUCUUGAUUUGAGCUUCAACAGUCUAUUUGGUUCCAUCCCUUCAAAGAUUGCAGAGGUUCCAUUGCUCGAGGUCUUUGAUGUUCGCAAUAAUUCCCUUUCUGGGAGUGUCCCUGCAGGUUUGGGGAGACUGAAUGGUGGGUUCCAGUAUGUGAACAACAAAGGUCUUUGCGGAGUUGGCUUCAGUUUGCUGGAUCUUUGCUUGUCAUCGGAGGAUGGCUUGAAACCUAGUAAACCUGAGCCUUUUGGCCCAGAUGGUACUGUCAAGACACGGGAAGUGCCUCAGUCGGCGAAUACAGAUCACUGUGAGGGUUCCCGUUGCUCGAGAUCUUCAAAUUCAUCUACAGGAGUCCUUAUUGUUGGUGUGGUUGCAGUGGUGAUUGGCGCUGCAUUUUGUGGAACAUUUGCGUUCUCAUAUUACCGUCGGCAAAAGCAGAAGAUUGGCAGCUCAUUGGAGGUUUCUGAUAGCAGGCUCAGCACUGACCAUUACCAGCAGAAGGAAGUUUGCCGAAGAAGCGCUUCCCCACUUAUUAGUGUUGAGUACUCAAAUGGAUGGGACCCUUUGUCCAGUGGAGGUGUUGGCUCAUCGGGCGAGGUUGGUGAUAGCUUUAGGUUCAACCUUGAGGAGGUUGAGUGUGCGACUCAAUACUUUUCUGAGGUUAAUUUGCUGGGUAAAAGUGGCUUUGCUGCGACAUACAAGGGAAUUCUACGCGAUGGAUCUGUUGUUGCUAUUAAGAGCCUUAACAAGACAAGCUGCAAGCAAGAAGAGUCAGAUUUCUUGCGUGGUCUCAAGAUGCUCACUGUGCUGCGACAUGAGAACCUUGUUAGCUUGAGGGGCUUCUGCUGCUCCAGGGGAAGGGGGGAAUGCUUCCUUGUCUAUGAUUACAUGGUUAAUGGCUGCUUGUCACAGUAUCUGGAUGUUAAGGAUGGUUCCAGUGCUAAUGUCCUUGAUUGGCCAACAAGAGUUUCCAUAAUCAGAGGCAUCGCAAAAGGAGUUGAGUACAUGCACAGUAAGAAAACUAACAAGCCAUCAGUAGUGCACCAGAAUAUAUCGGCUGAGAAGAUCCUUCUCGACCACCACUUAACACCGCGGUUAUCGGUCCCAGGGCUGCACAAGCUCCUUGCUGACGAUGUUGUCUUCUCAACCCUAAAGGCCAGCGCAGCAAUGGGGUACCUUGCCCCUGAGUACGCCACCACUGGUCGAUUCACCGAGAAGAGUGAUGUUUUCGCAUUUGGAAUCGUCGUCCUUCAAGUCAUGACAGGAAGGAGGGCAGUCUCACAACUGAAGGUCAGCACAGCUGCCAAUGACCUUGAGAGCCUGAUCGACGAAAACCUCAAUGGCAUAUUCUCACGAACUGAGGCAGCUAACCUAGCCGCUGUUGCUGCACUUUGCACAAGCGAGGCGGCGAGCCAACGUCCCACAAUGGAGGCUGUGGUCCAGCAACUCAGCAGCUGCCACUGAAGAACUGAAGCUAGCUGAUAUUGUGAUGUCUUUUGGAAACCUCCUUCACCUGAGGUAUUUUGUAGUGGUAGUGAAAGGGUAAUGAUCCAGUUGCCACUGAUAUGCUUGUGCUGAACAUUUUAGUACUGAUUGACUAGUCACUCUUUUCUAAUGACACUAGAAUGUUGAAAAGUAGGUGUUUUAGAUGUGAACCUUGGUUUGGUUGAUCAGUAUGCCAUAGAUGCUGAUUUGUAAAGCCAUCAGGUUCAGAGAUUCUGCAUUUCUAAAUUCUAAUGUAGCUCUGGUCAGCUUCGCAACGGCAUUACUUGCAUUGAAGUGCUUUAUCGUAAUUCAGUUAAUGCAU